UGCAGGAAUUGAAGACGAUAAUAAACGAACUGUGUGCGACUUACUACGAUGGAAGAACUUGAGAAGAGUAUUUGUAUUAACAAAUCUAACGUGGCUACUUUGCAACUCGUUUGACGACUUUAAUGGCCGGAAGACUUGCGGUGACUGUUGGAUACAAUAUCAACUACCUGUAUGCAGCCGAAGUUUUCCCCACCGUGGUCCGAACACAGGCUCUUGCUGUUCGUCAAGCUCUGGGUUCCGUUGGCAACCUUAUAAGUCCUCAAAUCGUGUUGCUGGGGAUUUUCGCACGUUACCUCCCUCUAACAGUUUUCGGUUGUCUGUCUGGUUUGGCUGCGAUUUUAAUGACAUUUUUACCUGAAACAGUCAAUCGAGAAUUACCAGAGAGACUAGAGGAUGGUGAAUCACUGGCGAAGGCAAAGCGCAAGUGGAACUGUUGUUUCUGCACAAAAUUAACUCCGUCUGCUGUGAACAGAGAGCAAACUUCAUCAUGUUUUGUCACGAGUGUUUAGAAUAAAGAUUAUUCAGAAUGAACAAACCUGCGAGACGAAAAUAUAGGAGUGUCUAGAAAAAUUGAACUAGUAUCAGUAUUUUUGAGAACUUUUCUCAGACUUGUAACCAUAUAUAUAUUAAAAUAGUCGAUGAUUA